AUGACCGCUCACACGCUAACCACUUUUCGCUAUGAUGCCGAUUCUGGCAAGUUCGUCAAGAAGACUACGCAGCGCAGUCUGGGCUUGAACGAGGUCAAAGUCAGGGUUACACACUCAGGCAUCUGUUAUACAGAUGUUCAUGCAAAAGAAAAGGCUUGUGGACUGGGCCACGAAGGUGUCGGUCUGAUUACUGAUCUUGGAGCCAAUGUGACUUCCAUGAAGAUCGGUGAUCGCGUGGGCUGGGGAUGGCUACGUAGUUCUUGUGGAAAUUGUCCUGUCUGUGUCGAUGGAUAUCGCCAGUACUGUAGCCAAGCAAGCGGCUUUGCUUUCUGUGACCAUGACCAAGGUGCCUUUGCCGACUCUCAUAUCAUCGAUGCCAGCUUCGCAUACCACAUCCCUGCUGAGAUUCCUUCCUGGCAAGCUGGUGUAUUCAUGUGCGCCGGUGCUUCUACUUACGAAGCCUUGGAUGCAGCUGGCACGAAACCACAUCAUCGCGUCGGUAUAGUCGGCUUAGGAGGUCUCGGCCACAUGGCUGUUCUGUUCGCCAAAGCGAUGGGCUGUGCUAUCACCGUCUUCUCUGGCUCAGAAGGGAUGGCAGAAAGCAAAGCUAGAGAUGCCUUCCAACUCGGCGCUGACGAGUUUCGCGCUCUGAACAACAUUGACACUCCUGUCCGACCAGACUCAAAUACUGACAGGACUGACAAUGCAUCCAAGUCACUGAUAGACGUCCUACUCAUCUGUGCUAACGAGACACCCGACCUAGAGAAGAUUCUGCCCUUGCUAGCACGCAGAGCAACCAUCGUUCUCAUGUCGAUACAGCAGAAGCCACUAGUCAUCCCAUACAUGCCUUUCAUACUUCCCGGUCAUAGGAUCAUCGCUUCAACCGAGGCGUCGAGGCAGAACCAUCUUGCUAUGAUACAAUUCGCAGCGAGACACAAGAUAUCACCUUGGAUAGAGCGCUUCCCUAUGACUGAAGAUGGCUUGAAGAAUGCUUUUGAAAGACUCGAGAGUGGCGAAAUGAGGUAUAGAGGGGUGCUCGAGAUGCCUGAAUGA